AUGAAUAGAACAAACAGUCGUGACCCCCAACACUACAACCAGUACCAGGUAUCAAGUCGCAGGUACGGCAUUGACAUUGGUGACAGAGGCUCAGACACGUUACCCCGCUGCGAGCAAAUCGAUUUCACACUCUCUCUUCAUCGCCGGAGCCCGGCUGGUACUGUUACAGCUCAGGUGAUUAGUAUACACGAAACUUAUCAUGAAUCUCCUGAUUCAGAACCAACAUCCUGCCACGAUCGGUGGAUAAUCGGAAACGUAGAUUGCAUCGACCUGUGCAUGAGAGAAGGAGCCAGAGAGAAAGUGGUGUACCAUGAUGCGGAGAUCACGACUUAG